AUGGGACUAGCCGCAGACUAUUCCAAAUUAAGUGACAUGAUUUAUGAGGUACAAGAUUCCCCAUCUUUGUACAGUAAAGAAAAAUAUUAUACUCAAAAACAAAAUGAUAAAUUUUAUGAUAUAAAAAGAUUUAUGUGUUUAGGAAGUACUAUCAGAGAUAAUGAUAAUUUAUAUGAUAUGGAUAAACUAUUAACAGAAGGACAUAAGAAAUGUCAUAAGACAUUGAAAGAUACAUUUAAUGUAAUUGGUUAUAAGUAUUGUACUACUAAUAAUAGUGAUAAUAUAAAAUUCGCUAAACUAUUUUAUGAUAAUUAUUCCAACUUGUUUUAUUGUAUGCACUUACAUAAUGAUGCUAAAAAAUGCAAUUCGUUAUUUAAGCAUUUUUAUGAAACCAUCAAUUAUGAUACGAUAAAUAAAAAGUGA